GUUUCUGCCUCUCUCUUGUACUCUCUGCAUCUUACCCAACCCUCCCACCCCCUCCAGCUUUCAUUCAAGUUAUUUACCCGUCUCCUCCUCGCUUCCUCUUCUCUGUCUUUCUCCUCCGUUCCAUCCUCUCUUCCCCUCUUGUCGCCGCUGCUGCUCUAGCUGCCUCACCCUACAUCCCUCCCACCCUCCUCCUCCCUCUCCUUCCUUUGGAGAUCUUCAGAGCUGCCCAGCAUACGCUUGCACAUAGCAUAACACACUCCUCUGCUGUGUGGGUAAAACAUGUCAGCUGUUCUGGACCUGGACCAGAUUGCAUGCGCUGGAAAUGGAGUGGAGCAUGACAUUGAGACUCCACAUGGUGUUCUCCAUGUGACAAUGAGAGGUGUUCCCAAGGGCAACAGGCCUGUCAUCCUCACCUAUCACGACAUCGGCCUCAACCACAAGUCUUGCUUCAACACCCUGUUCAACUAUGAGGACAUGCAGGAGAUCACCCAGCACUUCGCAGUGGUUCAUGUGGAUGCGCCUGGUCAGCAGGAGGGGGCGCCCCCCUUCCCCAGCGGGUAUCGUUACCCAACCAUGGACGAGCUGGCUGAAAUGCUGCCCUCUGUGAUGACUCAGCUGAAGGUCAACAGCAUGAUCGGCAUUGGCGUUGGGGCAGGAGCUUACAUCCUCACCCGCUUUGCACUGAACAAUCCCAACCUCGUGGAGGGACUGGUUCUGAUAGACAUCGACCCAUGUGCUGAAGGUUGGAUUGACUGGGCUGCUUCCAAGCUGUCUGGAUGGACCAGUAACCUGGUGGACAUCAUCAUGGCCCACCACUUCAGCACUGAUGAGCUGACAGAUAAUCAGGAGCUGAUCCAGACUUACCGCCUCCACAUCGCCCAAGACAUCAACCAGGACAACCUGGCGCUUUUCUGCGGCUCCUACCAAUACCGUCGAGACCUGGAGAUCGAGAGGCCCAUUGUAGGUCUGAAUGAGGACACAGUCAACACAUUAACGUGCCCCGCCCUGCUGGUGGUUGGCGACACGUCACCGGCCGUGGAGGCUGUGGUGGAGUGUAACUCCAGGUUAAAUCCCACCAAGACCACAUUGCUAAAGAUGGCUGAUUGUGGAGGCUUGCCACAAGUGGUGCAGCCAGGGAAGCUUGCUGAGGCAUUCAAAUACUUUGUUCAGGGCAUGGGCUACAUUCCCUACGUUCUUCUCAGUCACCUGAGCAACGAAUCAGUGCCGUCAGCAGGAAUGACUCGCCUGGCUCGCUCACGCACCGCCUCCUCUUCCAGCAUCACCUCCAUGGACAGCAGUCGCAGCCGCAACAACCUCAACAGCCUGCUGGAAGGCAACGCCACCGGGGCCCUGGACAGCCAGGCCAGGCCCCAGACCAUGGAGGUCUCCUGUUAAACCACCCCCUGCACCCCCUCUGCACUCUCACGUAGUAACUUAUGUGCUUUCUCUUCUGUCGCUCAUCCUGCUCCUAAGCAACUCAAAGCCAGAGGGGAACUAAUGUGGUUAGAAAUGAGGAUCUAAUUCAAAUAUAUUAACAGAUGCAUAUUAUAAGAUGUAUUAAAUAUACUGUCAAAGUAACAAUCCUGUCAGAAACCAUGUCUACCUGCCGGUUUCUUGUGUAUUUUAAUUGUUGUACCAUAUGAUUUCCCAUUUCAGCUGUCUAACCUUGUAUUUAUUGUUUUUUCACUUUGUCUUUUCUUUAAACCUCUUCACACACUGUAGGAAUCCUCCAUGUAUUCAAAAAAUAACUCCUUUUUUUUACUCUUUAUCGUGUGGGCUCCACUGAUCGUGAUCUCUUUUUUUUCAGCCCUGUAAUGUCAAUUAGUCAGAAAGUGACUAAGGGUUCACUAAAUGUACGAGUACAGCGAAGCAGGGCUGCAGAAUAUGUACAUAAAUUUGAUGCAAGGUAACGUGGCAUUGCACACCGUAGCACGCUCUAAGUGAAGCCCAGUAAAAUCCUUGCUUCUGAACAUUGUACAUUCAGUUUUAUCUCACUUAACAAAUCUUCAUUUGAUUUGAGUUUUUUUUUUAAAUAGAAAAUCACCGUAUUUUCUUUCCAGUCUGCACUGUGUCGACGUUUGUGUUCAGCUGAAUAUGUUUUUUAACAACCUUUAACAAGUGGGAUGUGAUGUGAAAAUGAUAAAAGUCUCAUCACUUAAGGGCCAAGUGGUUCUUCUCACUGCUGAUUCAGCUCAUUUAUAUUACUACUGAAUAAAACUGCAAGGUGA